AUGGCGGCGGGGCGGCAGCGGGGCCCGCGGGGCUCGGCCGUGCUGGAGCUGCCCCGCGCCCCGCGCUUGGUGUGCGUGGAGUACCCGGGGCUCGUCCGGGACGUCGGGGCCAUGCUGCGGACGCUGGGAGGAGAGCAGGGGGUGUCGCGGAUCUACGCCGACCCUGCCAAAAGGCUGGAGCUGUAUUUCCGCCCCAAGGACCCCUACUGCCACCCCGUGUGUGCCAACCGCUUCCCCACCUCCACCAUGCUGCUCAGGGUGAGGAGGAGGACCAAGAAGAAGCAGCAGUUGGACACCGAGGAACAAAUCCAGCCAGAAGUCCAGUUUGAGAUGGAGAUUCUUGGGAUUGUCACCACUGUUUACAAAUUUCAAGGAAUGUCUGAUUUCCAGUACCUGGCAAUGCACUCUGGCCCUGAUGGCAAACCAACCUCCAUGUAUGACAAAGUCCUGAUGCUCAAACCAGAGAAGGAAGAAUUUUUCAAUAGGGACUUACCUCUUUACAUCCCACCACCCAUUUUCUCACGUCUGGACACUCCCAUUGACUAUUUUUAUCGCCCAGAUAUACAGCACAGGGAGGGAUACAACAAUCCCCAGGUGUCUGGUGAGAACCUGAUUGGCCUCAGCAGGGCCCGGCGCCCACACAAUGCCAUCUUUGUGAACUUUGAUGAUGAAGAGAUCCCGACUAAACCCCUGGAUGCUGCUGUCCAGAACUGGAAGAAAGUGUGCACCAAUCCUGUGGAUAAAAAGGUGGAGGAAGAGCUGAGAAAGCUCUUUGAAGUCCGUCCUGUGUGGUCUCGGAACGCAGUGAAGGCCAAUAUCAGUGUCCAUCCAGACAAGCUGAAGCUGCUGCUGCCAUAUUUGGCCUAUUACAUGUUAACAGGUCCUUGGAGAAGCUUAUGGGUUAGGUUUGGGUAUGACCCCAGAAAACACCCUGAAGCAAAGAUUUAUCAAGUACUGGACUUCCGAAUUCGCUGUGGAAUGAAAUAUGGUUAUGCUGCUACUGACAUGCCUGUGAAAGCAAAACGCAGCACAUACAACUACAGCCUGCCCAUCACUGUCAAGAAACAAGGAAGUCACACAGUCAGUGUCCAUGGCCUGAAACAGGGGCUGAGUACAGCUGGUACAUCUGGGGCAAAAAAGUCCCCCUCCAGCAGGUACAAGUUGAAGGAAUCUGUCUACGUUUUCCGAGAAGGAGCCUUACCCCCUUACCGACAGAUGUUCUACCAGCUCUGUGACUUAAAUGUGGAAAGCCUGCAGAAGAUCAUCCAUCGGAAUGACGGCACGGAGUCGGAAUGCACGGAGCGGGACGGAUGGUGCCUUGCCAAGACAAGUGAUGACCUGAGGGACAGCAUGUCCCUGAUGAUAAAGCAGAUCAUCAGAUCCACCAGGCCUGCUCUUUUCUCAAAUACAACAAGCAGUGAAGAUGGCAAAGAACAGCUGGCAUACGAGUCUGGAGAGGAUGAGGAUGAUGAAGAGGAGGAGGAAGAGGACUUCAAGCCUUCUGAUGGGAGUGAAAAUGAAAUGGAGACAGAAAUUCUGGACUAUGUGUGAACUCAGUGAGCAGUCUGGCUGCUGUGGACAGAACUGUCUCUGCUCUUGCUCCUUGAGAGCCAAGGGUUUGGCAUCCCUGCCCAGGGUCUGGGGAAGCAGAGCUUGUACGAAGCUGAUGAUGAUCUCUCUGCAGUGACUGCUGGUGGGCAUCAUUCUGGAUGUUUGGGAGCCAGUGCCUGCAUUUUUGGAAUUGCUGGCUGAGAAACCCUCCAGCAAGUUCAGACUCAGCAAACUCCCAAGAGUGAGCCCAGAAUCCAAACCAGCUGGUAACACAGCAGACAUGGGGAGAAGCUGCGUUCCCAAAUCUCUCUGUGUGUGGGCGUGCACUCUCUCCAGGUUGGUGGCCGUGUGGAAAAUAGAAAAGGUGCUCAAGGAGAUGCUGGGAAAAGAAGCAUUCCAGAGCUCCUGGAGUCCCUAAGGCAGGUUCUGCCCUUCUGCUUGUCCAGAGGGAAUGAAAUUACUGUGCCAUGCCUUCAGCACUGAGCCUCGCUGGUCAUCUUGGAAAUAAAGCCAGCAGGAAAAUACA